GUAGCAUUUUUUUCCUAUUACAGUUUGUUUUAACAGUAUGAGUAACAUUUUCAAUGGUUGUCUCAAAUCCGUGACUAAACGAUUUUCGUCCGUAUUGAUGUUAAUGUGACAAGAUGGCAGAUACUCUUGAUACAAAGCGAGCUUUCCGGGUCUUCGGUGAGCGGAAAACCCACCAAAACAAGAGGCAAACUCAGAAAGUGAAUAGUUUGGUAGAUGGCAAGCCUCACACAGACCAAGCCAAACCACGUGACAAGGUCAAAGAGGAUACCGAAGCGAUGGAGUGGGAAGCAACAGAACCAGACUUCGACGACAAUGAUGAUCCUGAUAUGUGUGGGGAGUAUUGCAAGGUGAUCUUCAAGAACGAGUGUUUAAAGGAACAUAAGUGGGUUAUGGCUGCAAGGUUGUCAGAUAAUAAAAUAUCCAAGCUAAGAGUUGGUUGUGUGGACUGGCUAACAGAAGUGUGUUUCACUUGGAAACUAGCAACAGACACCCUCUUUACUGCUGUUCUCUAUCUAGACAAGGCUCUCAGGAGUGUGAAUAUUCUCUGGAUGACAUGCAGCCUCUUGCUGGAACCUGCCUAUUUCUCGCUGCCAAGAUGGAGGAAGUCCUAUCAAUACCGAUACACGAUAUCAUAGAAAUUGUACCCGGAACAUCGGUAAACACCAUAAAAGCUUAUGAAAAAAAGAUACUUGAGGCUCUUGAUUAUGAAAUGGUGACCCCUCAUCUGAUGUUGUUCCUCCGAAGGUACAACAGUGUCAGUGGAACUGAUAUGGAGACACACAACAUAUCCAAAUAUCUCGCCACCCUGGUGGUAAGGUUUCAAGGGUUCUGUUCAGGGCCUCAGAGCGUUUUGGCUGCAGCAAUCUGUUUUAUGGCCAGAAGAAUCACGGGUUGCUCAGAAGCUGAGGCUUGGUCGAAAAGACAAACCACUUACUCCGGAUACACGCCGGCUGAGAUCCAGAUGGCGGUGUGUUUUGUAAGUCAUGCUCUCUCCAACGCAAACAGGCGGGCAGAUGAACAACUCAAAGGCUCAGACAAGGUCAUAACCGCUUACAAGCUCUUCAAUCAACGCAAAUUCCACUUCAUCUGUGCUAUGCCGUGUUUUCGCCAGAAAUUUGUCGAGAAGUAUGGUCUACAGAACGUCAUCUCGCUAGAAAGCUGCUAAGACUGAUUCUAGUAGUGCAUUUUGUUAGGUCGGAUUACUACAAGUUCGGAUUACUACAAGUUCGGACUACUGAAAAUCAUGUCGUAUAGGACUGUUGUCUCUUGAAUCAAGGGACGACUAUUUAGAGAACUAUUUAGAGAACUAUUUAGAGAACUAUUUAGAGAACUUACAGUUUCUCAUACUUUUUAUCGUGAAGAUAGCAACAAAAUUAUUUAAGUGAAAUCAACUGCCACCAUAUGACUGACAUAGUAGUUGAUCAUUGGAAUUGAUACGGACAACUGACGAGAAAAAUGUGAUUAGUUUAUUACUAAUUAGGUGUUUACUGUUUAAAUAUAUUUUUAUUUAUAUUUAUUCAUAUAGAUUAGUAUAUUCAUAUUAUCAACUAGGUGCCCCUUGGAUUUUGAUCCAUAUGAUUUCUUUUAUGUGUUAAUUGGGAUUAUCAGUGUUAUAAAUUAUUUAUUAAUGUAUUUAUUUACUUUUUAUUUGAUUUUAAAUAAAUCACAAAUUAUACCGUGAUCCGUGUUUAUGUUAAAGUUAUAUGUAUUUAAAUGAAAUACAUCGUUGAUAUGAUAUGAAAUUCGAUGACAUUAUACGUUCAUUUAAUUUAAAUGAUUAUCUAUAACUAAACGUACAAAUUUGUAGAUGUUAAGGACAGCGUGGAAAUAAAUAAAGUAAUAAAGUUUCGCUGUUAUUUUGUAUGCUUGAUUAAUUUGACAACUUAUCUUUUUGA